AUGGAUACCGCCCUCGAGAUCCUCGAUCCCCUCGUCUUCGACCAUGCCUACUCAUACUUCUUUCCCGGCCCGGCCGUGGCCUGCGACGCUGUUUCCACCGCCUCCUGGUCGACCACGUCGCUGUUGAACGCCGUCGCCGCGCACAACGCCACCGCAAAGGUCGCCGCCUCGGCCAUUGACUCGUGCAUCGUCUCGUCGCUGCCGCGCGACGACAUUCGCCGCCAAUGCGCCUCGAUUUUGUUUGUCGCCGGCUUUGGUGCCGCCGCCAUUUACUUCCUCUUCGCCGCCUUUUCCUACUACUGCGUCUUUGACCGUCGUCUCGAGUACCACCCGCGGUUUCUCAAGAACCAGAUCCGUCAAGAAAUCAUGUCCUCGCUCUGGGCCAUUCCCCUCAUCGACCUUCUCAGUCUGCCGUUUUUCCUCGCCGAGGUUCGCGGCCACAGCCUGCUCUACACGCGCAUCGACGAGUACGGCUGGCCCUGGCUCUUUGUCUCGACUCUCAUCUACAUGGUCUUCAACGACUUCUUCAUCUACUGGAUUCACAGAUUGGAGCACCACCCCAGCGUUUACAAAUACGUUCACAAGCCUCACCACAAGUGGAUUGUUCCCACGCCAUGGGCUGCGAUUGCUUUCCACCCCGUCGACGGAUUCCUGCAGUCGACUCCAUACCACAUCUUUGUCUUCAUCUGCCCAAUGCAAAAGUACCUCUACGCUGUGCUCUUCAUUCUGGUGCAGCUCUGGACCAUUUUCAUUCACGACGGCGACAUGAUCACCGGCACCUGGUCCGAAAAGUUCAUCAACAGCCCUGCGCACCACACCCUUCACCACAUGUACUUUACUUGCAACUAUGGCCAGUACUUUACCUGGGCCGACAGCUACUUUGACUCGCACCGCGAGCCGAAACCCGAGCUUGACCCUAUUCACGAUGCACUACGCGUGAUGCGUGAGAAGGGUCUCAUUGACGAGAAGGGUAACCCCAUUCCCCAAAAGAAUAAGAGCGACUAG